CGGCCAAGUUGUUCUACAUCUUCAGUGGGCAUUUUCGUCUCAACUCAUGAUGAAGGCAGUGACGACAAACGUUUAGAACGACUCGGCUCAGAAAUGAACAUGGCCAACAGCUUGUUCUCUCCUGUUAAAGGAAAACCUCUCAGUCCGUUUAUUUCCAAGCUCAAGCUACUUCUCAAUGAAGAAAAAUACCGAAAAGCCAUCCGGUGGUCAGAAAAUGGUGGUGCGAUUCUCAUUUCUGACGGUGAAGUAUUCAAACGCCAGGUUCUAGACGAAAGCGCAGAAAUGUUCAAAACCAGGAAUUUUACUAGCUUUGUGAGACAGCUUAACCUGUACGGUUUCCGAAAAGUUCCCGUUAACGGAAAGGGUGACCCUUCAAAAAACAUGGAGUUUGAACAUGUCCAUUUUAAACGAGAUAAGCCGGAACUAAUGUAUUUGGUUAAGCGGACCUGCCCUUCAAGGAAAAAGAAGAGAGUCGCUCAAGGAACGUUGACUACCAUGAAAAGAGAAAGUCCUUCUUUUCGAGAACAGCGUUAUGACAAAUUCAAGUCACCUGGAGGAGAGGAGAGAGUCUCUGAAAAGUUAAGAAAAAACGAAAGCAGUUUCUACACCGAAAAUCCAAGUUCUUCGCCGCGCAAUGAAAGGGAAAGCGAAGAAGAAUUGACUGAAUUCAAUCACUCGAACCGCUCUCCGUUUGAAGCAGCCCAGAACAACGUUGGAAAUUCCCUCCAAGAAUAUUACUAUCAAAGAUUUCAAGAAGAACAGAUAGCAGUUCAGCUUCUGUUGAAUUUGCGUUACUCGUCGUCUUCGCCUCAAAGUUGUGAAAAUUUUCAGCCACAGCCAACUGCCUACGAUCCAUCUUGCGCCGGAUAUUCAAUGUACAUGUACCCGUCGGUACCAUUUUAUGGCCAAUACACUUCUAUGUACUGAUUCAAGCAAUGGAUAACUUUUGAAUUUCUCGUUUAUUUUGGAUAGUAAUGAUUUUUCGAAAGGUUAUUUGUACCUGCGUUAUUUUCAAUCGAUUAUUGAUAUCUGUGAUUGUUUUCAGCACACGCCCAGAAUACGCCCUAUUUGACGAGUAACAUAAUUUGAGCUCGUGUGUUUUUAUACCUCAAAUUAUCGCACAAGUUCUUUUAUUGUUAUUUCAUCAUUUUAUAUUUGAGUUUUGAAAAAUUAAGAUUACCAUUAAAGGAUUAUUACAAUGUAUUACUGUUCAACAAAUAGCUUAUUCACACUGCAAGCGUUGUAAUGUAUUCGUAUUUUGGAGUCUUAAAGCACGUUGUAUCAAAUACAGCGAAACCACGAAUAUCUCACAUUUGUCAUAAGUUAUUAUGAAUUUUUUUAAUCAGUUCUGGAAAAAAGUCAGUGUCUAUUUGUAGCUGAAUAUGAUUUUGUGGUGUAGGCGGUAUGUAUCCAAAGUGCUAUGGUUGUCAGAAACAGGAAAACUGAAAUGAUCUCAAUGGGAUAGAACUAUUCUUUGAAGGACUUUUGCAUGAGAAGUGUAUCUUUGUAGAGACUGUAUUAAAUAAA